GGUUAUAUUGCCUAAAGCAAAAGGUUUUUCAAACGUCAAUGUUUGAUAGACAUGCAUAUGGAUACUGUAAUUAUCAUUUUCUGAUAACAGAAAUUACCAACUUUCUUUGCUUUCUCAUAGACAUUUUCAGUUUUUUAGGCACAAUUGUUUGGUAGGCUGUUUGUGAAUUUUGUGUGUACAUGUGUGUAUUUAUGUCACCCUUUUCAUCAGCUUUGUGUUCCAGCACUUUGCACUCUCUAGCAAUUUGUCCUCUCUCAGACAAGAAAUCAGUACAACCCUGUGUAAAGCAAAAUUAUCCUACACAUCAAUUCAAUUCAAAACAUUCUGCAUAUGUGUGCAGACCGAUUGGCUACAUUGCACAGAGAGUCUGUCCUAUUCCCUCUCAUGGGAACCUCCAUGUUGUUAAAAUGUGACAUUUCAGAGCCAGUAAAACUCAAGUGCUGGGCCGUAAGUACUCUGCUGUCAUGCAAUGACCUGGAGUUUCAGAUUUUGUGCGCUUGUCUGUGACAUACAGUCAAAGCUUCAAGUAUUAGAGUUCAGCCACAUCCGUCUGGGAAUCCAGGGUAGGUGGGUAGGUGUUACUACUUGGUUAUAUCACUCAGAAUAACUGUGUUAGUUAUACAGUAUUCCAGCGACCGUAAAGCAGCUGUACAAGCCCUAAUAGAUAAGAUACAUUACAUUACAGUUACAUUUGCAUUUCACGUGCAUCUUACCACACUAGUCGAAUGACCCCUCCAUCUGUGAGCCGGCCUACUCUUUCAGCACUGCGUCUCAUAAUCGGAAUAUUAUCUUCUAUUCAUGUCCUGUGUUGCAUUAUGGGACUAUGCAAAUUGCAUUUUAGUGUGAUGCAUUCAGCUCCUCCUUUUCCUGUGGAGCAAGGUGAAACAUCCUUAAUAAUGCAUGCUCGUGCAGAGAGAUGUGCUCUCUGUCCUAUAUCCCAUCAUGGGCUCUCUUGUGUAUCUGUAGAUCCUUCUCAACUUGAGCAAAUUACAUUCCUGCAGUGCCUGUAGUGAACUGACCCAGCUUGCACAACCCCUGUGUUUUAUUGGCGCUGGGCGAGGAACUGAGGGGACACUUAAGCUCAAACAGAAGAGUGAGGAAUGUUGCACCGCCCGAUGCAGAGGAGGACAUUUAUCUGUACUCAUCUGGUGCUGCUGGGAGACAGAGGGCUGCAGACUCAUUAUGAUGGCGUAUAAUGACCUUGACACCUUUGACACCCGUGGGAGUCCCCAACCCGGUGACCUCAUUGAGAUCUUCAGACCAGCCUAUCAGCACUGGGCUCUGUACCUGGGCAAUGGUUACAUCAUCAACCUGGAGCCAGUGGGAAAGAUCCAGGUGGGAAAGUCCAGUCUGAAGUCUGUGUUGAGCCAGAAAGCAGUCAUUCGCUUGCAGCUGCUGAAGGAGGUUGCUAGGGGUGACUCAUACCGCAUUAACAACAAAUAUGACGACGACCACACCCCCCUGCCCAUCUGCGACAUUGUUCACCGAGCCCGGCUCUACAUUGGUCACGAGGUGCCCUACGACGUACUGUGCAGCAAUUGUGAACACUUUGUCACCCUACUGCGCUAUGGAGAAGGCGUUUCUGAGCAGGCAACCUGGGCCAUUGAGGCCCUCAGUUUGGUGACAGCGGCUGCAGGUGCAUUGUCUGUGCUGGGAAUGAUCAACCCCCACUACCGAAACAGGCCAUUCUAACCCCUGCUGUAUACCUCUUCUCAGUUGCAUUAGGCUAUCGUUGUCUUUGAGCAUAAAUGUCCCAAACUGCCCUCUUGGUCCAGUUGACCUCUUAUGUUGCAGAUCAUGCCUGCAAGAUACUCACAGCUUAGGUUUUAUGAUAUAUUUUAUGAUAUAUAAUGCACAUUGUAAGAUGAGAAGAGAGAAUACAGGUUGCUGAACGGACAGUUUUUAUACAUGCCAUGGUGCAGUUCUUUAAUUCUAAGAUGUUAAGAUGUUCUAAGUGCAGACGUGAAAAAUAAAAGUAGUAUCUUGUGAAUUCUUAAA